AUGGAGGGAAAGAGACAGCUUGAGAAAAGGGACUUUGGAAAAAGGCUGUCUCUAGACAGCAGUCUUGUGGAAUACAUGGACUCCAAUAAAUACAUUGAGCAUCUGCUAACUCAACUUGAGGAGAAACACAGAAGUCUCUGGAGGGAGAAGCUGGCUGUGGCCCGACUGCAGCGAGAAGUUGCCGAAAGGAGAAGUGAGGGCGCCAUGCACGAGAAGCUGAUACAUGAAUUGGAAGAGGAGAGACACUUACGUCUUCAGAGUGAGAAGCGGUUGCAGGAGGUAACACUGGAGUCGGAGCGCAGCCGGAUUCAGAUGCGUGGCCUGCAGCAGCAGUUCUCCAGGAUGGAAGAAACAGUACGAAAUCUAUUGCAGAAUCAAGGACCUCCGGAGCAGAAAAAAGAAGACACUGUUAAUAUAAUGGUCUAUCAGGAAACGCUGUCAGAAGAUGAGAGAAAACACAAAGAAGCUUUGGAAGAUCUUCACAUGGCAGUUGACGAAGACUCAAGGAGCGAGAGCAGCAGUGCAGACGAGGGCAAAGAAAAGACCAAACUGUUGUUGGAAAGGCUCAAAGCUCUAGAGGCAGAGAAUUCAGCAUUGGCUUUGGAAAAUGAGAAUCAAAGGGAGCAGUAUGAGCGAUGCCUCGAUGAGGUAGCCAACCAAGUUGUUCAGGCUCUGCUCACUCAAAAGGAUCUAAGGGAGGAAUGCGUGAAGUUGAAAACAAGAGUGUUCGAUCUGGAACAACAGAACCGCACAUUAAGCAUACUGUUCCAGCAGCGGCUCAGGCCAGCCUCCGACCUCCUCCUCCAGAAACUUCACUCACGCAUCUUACAUCUUUCAUCCGGAGAUCUGCUCGCAGAAGUGGAAAGGAGCCGGAGUCUGACACAGACACGGAGUGAUGCUGAGACGCAUGAAUGCCAGCUGAGCGCCAAGCCAGGAGCCCCUGCCUUGAAAGGCCCCAGCUCGGGGGUUGCCCUCCCCGGUCACCUCUGUCCCCGCAGUCGCUGCAGCAGCAGCGAGCUGUCCCUUUCCAGCACCUGCAGUGAGUACUCCAGCGGCUCCUCCUGCACGUGGCACGAUGGGAAGAACCUCAGGAAAAAGCCAUCUUCACAAAACUGGGAUAAAAGGCUAAGUAUUGACUCCUCGCUCCCAAGUGGCUUUGCUAGUCCUAACGAUGAACUACCUCCGACGCGUAUCAAGGAAAGCCACAUUCUGGAAGGACUGAGGAAGCUGCAGAAGCGAAGAGUGUUACUUGAAUCCCCCUCAGUGAUAACCAAAUGGGGCUACAAAGAUUGCAUGAACUCCAACGAAGGAAUAUAUUCUCCAGGAAUUAAGAGCAGCCCCAAGGAGCAUGCCCCUUGCAAAACAGCAGAGCUGGGGGGCGGCUGCAGGGAGUCCCUCCAGGCAUUUGUUUAUGACACAGAUUCCCACGACGACCCCAACGAGGACCCUUCCGCCUUCGCAUGGACCCAGGCCCUUCCCAGCCAGGCCUGCAGACUGCGCGGCUGCAAGCUGACCCACAGCGUCUCCGACAGUCUGUUUAGCUGGGAGCUGCAGGGAAGACACCUUUCCGAAGGCCCCUCCGUCUACCCCGGAGAGAGACCUGAGAAGCUGAGCAGCUGUGCCAGCGGCUGUCCCCCGGAGAGGAAGCAGGCGCCCAAGGGACACAGAGAGGGGUGUCCCAGCAGCCGGGGCCGCGUGGCCGUCAGUCUCCAGCUCUCAGACACCGACGACAACGACACCCUGGACGAGCUGCACAUCGGGAGUAGCGACGAAAAGAGCCCCUCGGACCUGUCACUGGCCACCGACACCGACAAGUCCACGGAGAACCUGGAUGCCCCGGUGGAGCUUGGGAGGAGACCUCCGCUGGGGCCCCCCAGGGAGGGGGACCAGAUGCCCGGCCGCCUGGAGAGGCCGCGGACCCUGGGCUUCCUGCGGCAGCAGCGCGUGGUGCGGAGGACGUCCUCGGAGGAGUGCGUGAUGGUCAUCUUCGACGCGGAGGACGGCGAGCCCAUCAAGUUCAGCUCCCAGCAGACCGGGGUGGUCACCGUCACCAGGAACGAGGUCUCCAUCGCUCAGACCCCGCGCCCGGGACCCGCUGGUCUCCAGCCCGGAGCUGCCCGCGACCGCGCCUUCGCCUCCGCAGAGGGGCCCGCGGCGGUGGCAGCCUGCAGCAUCCCGGGGGGCUCAGGGGGCGACGUGGGGACCCUCCUGGUCCCCGAGGCACCCACCGCUGGGCCCCUCAGCCCCAGGACAAUGGCACCGCCAAACAUUCAGAGACAGAAGCCGGUCGGACCUACGCGGAGCACCGGCCAGAGGACCUGGAGGUCCCCAGGAGCCGUGGGCCUCCACCCGAAGCCGAGUCUGAGCAAAAUCCCCGCCAGGGGCAAGCCCUCCCCGCAGAAGCCCAAACCCACGGAGCCCGAGGCCUGCAAGAGGGGGCCCUCCUCGGGCCCAGUGACCCCCGAGAAGGCGCCCGGGAAGCUGCCCCGCAGCAGGAGGGCCGAGGGUCCCGCGCCCCCUGCUGACCUGCAGCCCGACGCCCACUCGGCAAAGCGCGGCUCCCAAGCGCCCCGCCGGAGGGAGGAGGCCCAGGGCCCCACGAGCCAGCUGUCAGCGCCCCUCGGGGGGCCCAGGGGCCACGGAGAGCCCUUCCCAAGCGACAAGCCCUGCCCGGGGCCCACAUCCCCUCCCCCGCCGCCCCCUCCGGGCAGGUCGGUGUCCCUGCUCCUCAGGCCCCGGUAUGACUGUGGGCCGCCGGCCCCCGCCGCCCGGCCCGAGGCCAGGGCCCCCCUCGAAGCUGCACGGGCUGCCCUCAGGGCCCCCCUCCUGAAAGGAUCCUCCGCGCCUGCCAUCUCCUCCAGCCACGCAGAAGCGCUGGGGAGGAAACCUUCCGUGGCCUUCCAGAAGCCCCUCCUCGCUCACCCCCUGGCCCCCCCAGACACGGGGGUGCAAACCAGAUGCCCCACGUACACCCCCUGCGGCUCAUUGGUCACUUUGGCCCCGGGGCCCCCUAAGGGCUCUCCAAAGAGAGGGGUCCCUAACACCCCACCUCAUCCAACCUUUGGGGCCCCGCACACGGACACAGGGUUACGGGUCCCCAAGAGCUGGCCUGCAGCCCAUGAGCCACUGGAAGCAGCGGCCUCAGACAGGCCGUCUCCGGGGAGAAAAGGACCAGCGGAUGACAGCGCCUCUGUGUCGCCCACGCCUUCCUUCCUGGGGGCAAACGAGCCGCCUCCAUCUCAGAGCAUCAGCCCCUCCGCCCCCUGCAGAAGCCAUAGCGCCCCCCACGGGGGUGCGCACCCCCCUGAGAAGGGGGUGAAGCCGCGCCUGGCGGCGGGGCUCCGGGCCCUCCUGAGGUCCCCGCAGCCGCCCAGGAGGAGCUCCACGGUGCCCGGGAAGCAGGAGAAAGACAGCCUCAACGAGGCCUCCCGGAGCUCCGCGGCCGCCAGCAAGCCGCGGCUGGCGCGCUCCGGGAGCCCCGUGGGCCCUGAGGCCGCGGCGGGCGCGGGACACGGCCCCCCGCCGGGUUUCGGGGUCCCGGAGGGCCUGGCCCUGGCCGGGGGGCUGCCCCUGGAAGCAGCCACGCCAGAGACACUGGAAAACCGCGCCUCCGGGGCCUCUGGAAAGGACGGGGCGGACAGCAGGUCCGUGAAGAGAUCCCUCUCCUCCAGCAAGCCGCACCCGAAGCCGGCCCUGGGCAUGAACGGGGCGAAGGCCCGCAGCCAGAGCUUCAGCGCCCACGCGGGGGACAAGCCGCCCACGGAAGGGCCAGGCAGGGUCCGAACUCAGAUCAUCACCAACACGGCGGAGAGAGGCAGCUCCCUCACCAGGCAGAGCUCCUCCGAGGGCUCCCCCAGCAAGACCCCGGCCGCCCCCACCCCCGAGGGUCUCCCCUGCAGCGCUGGGCGGCCCCCGCAGGCGCUCUCCAGGCAGGGCUCGCUGGGCAGCACGGGCAGCGCCUGCAGCCAGCAGGGCAGCCCCAGCAGGUUGCCUUUGCGGGUCCCUCCGCCACCAGAGGGGCUCCUGACCCCACCUGGCCCCCAAGACCUGCAGGCCUGCACCCAGGGAGGCUGCCCGGGGGUGGCUGAGCCUAAAGGGCCAGGCAGUGACCCAUGCCCACGGGCCCCGCAGAGCCCAGGGAGCACCCAGCGCCCAAGCGGCUGUGAAACCAGCAGGGCCGCCAAGCUAGAAGCUUCUGGGAGGCAUGCAGAUCCUACUAUCCCCAGGACUGCGGCCGCUGCCAGCCCAGAAGCCCCCCUUUCCCCCUCCAUCGAAGAAAAGGUCAUGUUGUGCAUUCAGGAGAACAUGGAGAAGGGCCAAGUGCAGACAAAGGCCGCGUCUGUGGAAGCCAAGCCGCGGCCCGGGCCUUCCUUCGCCAGCUGGUUCGGUUUUCGGAGGAGCCGUCUCCCCGCUCUCAGCAGCAGGAAGAUGGAGGCCUCCAAACCCAAAGUGGAGAAGAAGGAUGCCAAAGGCCUGGGCUUCGGACCCAAACAGCUAAAAGCCGAGCGGAAGAAGGACAAGAAGAAGCCUGAGCUGCAGAGUGAGGUGGAGAGUGAGCCUCGCAGGGACCCAGAGCUGCGGGGUCCUCCAGACGCCAUCUUCCACAGCAAAAGCAGUCGGAAAGCAGCGCAAGACAUCUGCGAGCAAGGGAAGUGUGAACCCAGGAACAGACCCAGUCCUGUUGCAUGUCCAACAAAAGACACCUUUAUGACCGAGCUUUUGAGCAGAGUUGAUAAGAGAGCAGCUCCACAGACAGAAAGUGGAUCAAGCAAUGUUUCCUGCAGGAGCGUGAUAAAGGGCAGCUCCCAGGGCUCCUGUCUCACCAGUGGCUCCAGCAGCGCGCAAGGAAACCACAAGAAAACCCUCAAAGCCAAAGCCGAGGCAGACAUGCCCAAGGGCUCCCAGGUAAAAGAGACAACUGAAAACCUGAAAGAGGAUGAAGAAGAUACAGUUGUAGAUUCUGCAUUUCAGAGCCACAUCAUAGAAUCCAACUGCCAGAUGAGGACACUCGACAGUGGGAUCGGGACCUUCCCACUCCCAGACUCGGGGACUCGCUCAGCCGGACGGUACAUGUGCCAGGCAGAUCCCUCUGCGGACACGGAGCCUGACCUGUGCCUCCAGCCAGUCCUUUGUGCAGCUCCUUCCACCCGAGCCCAGACCCUUGAACGAGAAGUGCCUUCCUCCACCGACAGCCAGGACUUUGCAGACAACGCCAUCGUUCACUCCACAUCCGACCCCACCAUGACCGCCAGGGUUACGCGGCCUCUGCAGAGUCGUCUUCCCAAACCAGCCUCCUCAGGAAAAAUCCAUUCCCAAAAGCAGAAUGAAGCCGAGCCAUGGCCUCAGACCUGCUCGUCAGUAUGUGCUGAGAACACUCUGGCCAGGGAGCUGCUUCCAGACUGGCGGGGUGAAGACCCCCCCACGGACACCCAGAAAUUGAAACAAGUUGAAGAAACAAAAGAGGAUCCUGAGAAUAGAUUAUCUAAAAUUUCCCUGGAGUCGUUCAAUAAAUACAACAGCAAUACUGUGAUUUUAUUAGAAAAAGAGAAGAACUCUCCGAACAAGGUUGAAGGACGAAAGGAAGAAAAAGAAAAAAAUGAGGAGGCCUCUUUGAGUAGCUCAGAUCGGCCUGGGGUAGACAAUUUGGAAUCUUUGAGUGAUUCUUUGUAUGAUAGCUUCUCUUCCUGUGCGAGUCAGGGUUCGAAUGAUGCAUAA